CAGUGGGUGACGCAAAUGAACUAUUUGGAACACAAGCCCAGUAACUCCAACCUAAGCUUUGAUUCAGCAGACUGCUUCAAGGUGGCCUCCAUCUUCAGUCCCUGGGUGCCAGGUCACCCAAGCAUGGCCACUCAGAUGUUUGAGGGAAGAGGGCACGCGGCUGUUUACCAGAAAUACAGGUUUGCACCAGGCAAAGAGCUGCAGCAAACCAUCCUCGGCUACCUGCAGGAAAAGAGGGCAAACCCUGCUGAGCUGGUAGUGGAUGUUGGCUGUGGGUCUGGACAAGGCACCCGCUUCCUUGCAGAGCACUUCAAGAAGGUGGUGGGAACAGACAUCAGUGAAGCGCAGAUCCAGGAGGCUAGGGAUGAGGCCUCCAUGCCCAACGUCUCCUACCUCGUGUGCCCUGCAGAGGAGCUGCCAUUUGAGGAUGCCUCGGUGGACCUCCUGACUUCAUUUACAGCCGCACACUGGUUUGAUAUAGAGAAGUUCAUGAGAGAAGCAAACCGGGUGGUUAAGCCGGGUGGUUGCAUGGUCAUCAGCACCUACACCGUGGAUAUGAGUCUGCGCUAUGGAAACUGCUCUGAAAAGCUGACCAAAGUCUUCAGAGAGAACUGGGACCUGAUUUUGAAAUACGCGCAUAAUAGAGUAAAACAUGUCAUGGAUGACUACAAAGAGAUCUUCGAGGCCUUGCCAUUUCCAGACAAGAAGAGAGUCACCAAUAUUUUUGACAAAAUUCCCAUGACUGUCGCUGAUGUGGUUGGUUACAUGGAGUCUGCCUCUCCAUAUCAAACCUUUAUGAAGAACGACCCCGAAGCCGCAAAAUCCCUGCUCCAAGAGACUGAAAAGAGGAUGCUGGAGACGAUGGGAGUUUCUUCUCGUGAAACCCCAGUGGAGUUCUAUGUGAGACAUGUCUGUGUGCUGGCAUGCAAGGGACGGUGAGAGGAAACUUCUCCUGAACUGGUGCGGGAAGGGAAGGAAAUAGUGGUUUGUCUCCUAACACCCCACUUGCAGCCACUCAUUAUUCCUUGGGAAGAUUGAUACUGAUUCUGGUGAUUAAAAUUUUGAUCUUUUGUGGAAAGCA